UUGCCUUUGAACAACUCUCAGAAGGCCAACUGCCUCUCCAUCAUAUUCCUUGCUCAGAAGCUCUUUCCUCUUGCUGUGCUAAGGGGUGAUGCUCAAGGCACAUCACUUUUCAAGAGUAAGAUCAUGAACAACUUUAUCCUUCUGGAAGAACAGCUCAUCAAGAAAUCCCAACAAAAGAGAAGAACCUCUCCCUCGAACUUUAAAGUCCGCUUCUUUGUUUUAACCAAAACCAGCCUGGCAUACUUUGAGGACCGCCAUGGGAAAAAGCGCACAUUGAAGGGCUCCAUUGAACUUUCCCGAAUCAAGUGUGUCGAGAUUGUGAAAAGUGACAUUAUCAUCCCAUGCCACUAUAAAUACCCAUUCCAGGUCGUGCAUGAUAACUAUCUCCUGUAUGUAUUUGCUCCAGACCGUGAAAGCCGGCAACGCUGGGUCCUGGCCCUUAAAGAAGAAACAAGGCACAACAACAGUUUGGUAUCCAAGUAUCACCCUAAUUUCUGGAUAGAUGGGAGGUGGAGGUGCUGUGCCCAGUUGGAGAAGCUUGCAGCAGGCUGUGCCGAGUAUGACCCAACCAAGAAUGCUUCAAAGAAGCCUCUUCCUCCUACUCCUGAAGACAACAGGCGGUCACUUCAGGAACCUGACGAAACUUUGGUCAUUGCCUUGUAUGACUACCAAACAAAUGAUCCGCAGGAACUUAUGCUUCGCCGCAAUGAAGAAUAUUACCUGCUGGACAGUUCUGAGAUUCAUUGGUGGAGAGUUCAGGACAGGAAUGGGCAUGAAGGAUAUGUACCAAGCAGUUAUCUGGUGGAAAAAUCUCCAAAUAACCUGGAAACCUAUGAGUGGUACAAUAAGAGCAUCAGCCGUGAUAAAGCUGAAAAACUUCUAUUGGAUACAGGCAAAGAAGGAGCCUUCAUGGUACGAGACUCCAGGACUCCAGGAACAUACACUGUGUCUGUUUUCACCAAGGCCAUUGUAAGUGAGAACAAUCCCUCUAUAAAGCACUAUCAUAUCAAAGAAACAAAUGACAACCCCAAGCGAUACUACGUGGCUGAAAAGUAUGUGUUUGAUUCAAUCCCUCUCCUCAUCAAUUACCACCAACACAAUGGAGGAGGCCUGGUCACUCGACUCCGGUAUCCAGUUUGUUCCUGGAGGCAGAAAGCCCCAGUCACAGCAGGGCUGAGAUAUGGGAAAUGGGUGAUUGAUCCAUCCGAGCUCACUUUUGUGCAGGAGAUUGGCAGUGGGCAGUUUGGGUUGGUGCAUCUUGGCUAUUGGCUCAACAAGGACAAGGUAGCCAUCAAAACCAUUCAGGAAGGGGCCAUGUCAGAAGAGGACUUCAUAGAGGAGGCAGAAGUCAUGAUGAAACUCUCUCACCCCAAAUUGGUCCAGCUCUAUGGGGUAUGCCUAGAGCAGGCCCCCAUCUGCCUGGUGUGUGAGUUCAUGGAGCAUGGCUGUCUGUCAGAUUACCUGCGCAGCCAGCGGGGGGUCUUUGCAGCAGAGACCCUACUGGGCAUGUGCCUGGAUGUAUGUGAGGGUAUGGCCUACCUGGAAGAUGCAUGUGUUAUCCACAGAGACCUGGCUGCCCGAAACUGUCUGGUGGGAGAAAACCAAGUCAUCAAGGUGUCUGACUUUGGGAUGACAAGGUUUGUCCUCGAUGAUCAGUACACCAGUUCCACAGGCACCAAAUUCCCAGUGAAGUGGGCAUCCCCAGAAGUUUUCUCCUUCAGCCGCUACAGCAGCAAGUCAGAUGUGUGGUCAUUUGGUGUCCUGAUGUGGGAAGUAUUCAGUGAAGGCAAAAUCCCAUAUGAAAAUCGAAGCAACUCUGAGGUGGUGGAAGACAUCAGCACUGGAUUUCGAUUGUACAAGCCACGUCUGGCCUCCUCAAAUAUCUACCAGAUCAUGAACCAUUGCUGGAAAGAGAGACCAGAAGAUCGGCCACCCUUUUCCAGCUUGCUGAGUCAACUGGCUGAAAUUGCAGAGUCAGGACUUUAGCAGAGACUUGGUGCCAGGACACGGGCUGCAGAUCCUGAAUAGGGGAGGGAAGCCCUCCCUCCACAGAGCAUUAAAUCUGCCCCCAGUCCAGGACUUCCCAGGGCAGCAUGGCCUGUGAUGCUGGUCCCUGAGCUGCCACGGAUGCAGCACCCUGACAGCAGCCGGCAUUGGUCCACAGGCAGAAGGGUCAGCCACUGCGCUGGGAGCGGGGCCAGAACAGUAGCGAUGUCUCUGCCCUCCCUCUAGCCUCUUGUCACAUGUGGUACACAAGCCUCAAUCUGAAAGCUCAGGCAACAUUUCUUGCACUGCUUCUUAGUGAAAGGGAGAGACAGGGAUAGGAUUCUGUAUUAAUAUUUUUAUUAUUAUUUUAAGCAUGGGUCUAAAGUUGAUGGGACAAAGAAACUCUUGAUGGACCCAGCAACACAGUAAUCUAAGAUAUGGGGGAUAGGGAACCAA